AUCUCGUUAAGAAUUUCGUUUGAAAGCCAUUUUGUUCUUCAGGCUCUCUGCAAGGGUACCGGGAGCGAACUUGCAACGAAACAGUGACUGCGAUAGUCGCAGUUGUAUUUCUGUUUCACGAUGUUUCCUUUGGCCAGAAAUGCGCUAAGUCGUCUGCAAGUUCGAAGCAUUCAGCAAGCAAUGGCAAGGCAGAGCCACCAGAAACGUACACCUGAUUUUCAUGACAAAUAUGGUAAUAUUGUAUUGGCUGGCGGAGCCACGUUCUGUAUUGCUGUAUGGACGUAUACAGCAACACAGAUUGGAAUAGAAUGGAACCUGUCCCCUGUUGGCAGAGUCACCCCAAAGGAGUGGAGAGAUCAGUAAUCAUCCCAGCUGGUGUACUGCUGAAUUGAUUCAAACCAACUCAUAAAUGAUGCCAAGAAAAAGCACUGUAACAGUUAAAAUACUGUAUUAUUGAAGAAAUAAAAUACAUUUGAAACCUUC